UUCUCGCAACUCCAUGUCCUAGAUCUCUGCAAGCGAUUAAAAAAUUGCAGUUUUUUUUUCCUCCGCCAUUUUCAUGUACAUUGCAUCAACAUUUAAACUUCUCUUCACUUUUUCUGGAAUCCCAUAACUUCUGUUCUUGGUGGGUGGUGUCAAUUUCUGGGUUCUGGGGAUGAAAUUUACUUGAAUUCCUUUUUGGGUUGCCUGAAAUUUCUGUCAUUCGAAGGAUUUCUCGUUGGAAUUCGUUAGAUUUCAAUAUUGUUCCUCGGAAAAGGGAACUGAUUAUCUGGAUUGUCUCUAUCUUGGCCUUUUACGAAGGGCUUUCAAUGGGAACUCGUUGUUCGAAUAUUCAGAAAAAAGUUUCCCACGAUAAAUGCAAAUAAAAUCUACCCUUUUUUCUCCUUCCAAGUUUGACGGUUUUUUCUUAACAAUAUUUAUAUCAUAUAAGAUUUGAAACGGUCGUGAUUAUUCGUUUUUUGAACUUUCUGUUUCGAUACGCGUAACGCCAAAUUUCCGCCUUCUGGGUCGCUUCAUUUGCGCCCUUUUUGCUAAUUUGAACCGAUUUUGUUCAGCGGUAAUGUGGUUUUCUUUUUUGCAGUGCUCUAGAUCCAAGCCAUUGAUUUACAAACUAAUUUGUAGCUCCCAGAUGCGACCCAUCUUCAGAUUUUCAACCGUAUCGGCUUGACAAAUCAAUUAAUUUGGUCGUUCUUAUACUUUGACGAGAAUUUUGGGGGAUUGAAGACGAAUCGAUGGGGCAUUCGGCGCCGGUGUGGGAUUGUAGAGCGGCGACUGAGAUUACCAAGGACUGGAACGGCAUUGAUCAGGUUGUUCUUAGAAAUCCGAAAGGGGCUUCCGCUAGGAUUAGCUUACAUGGAGGACAAGUUAGUUCUUGGAGAAAUGAGCAAGGGGAAGAACUUCUGUUUACUAGUAGUAAGGCAAUCUUCAAGCCGCCAAAAGCUAUGAGGGGAGGGAUACCCAUAUGUUUCCCUCAGUUUGGAAACUGUGGAUCACUAGAGCAACAUGGGUUUGUGAAGAACAAGAUAUGGACAAUCGACGAAACUCCGCCGCCUAUGUGCCCUGACGAUAUCGAGGGUGCCUCCUUUGUUGAUUUACUAUAUAGACCAUCUGAGGAGGACUUGAAAUGUUGGCCCUAUAGUUUUGAGCUUCGCCUUCGGGUGUCUCUACGACCCGAUGGGGACCUGGUUUUGAGAUCUAGAGUUAGGAAUGUCAACGGGAAACCAUUUAGUUUCUCGUUUGUCUAUCACACGCAUUUGGUGGUUUCAGACAUCAGUGAGGUGCGGAUCGAAGGUCUGGAAACGCUCGACUUCUUGGACAAUCUGUGUCAAAAGGAGCGCUUUACAGAACAAGGAGAUGCCAUAACCUUUGAAUCUGAGGUGGAUCGAGUAUACGUGAGUACUCCGAAUGUAAUUGCUGUACUUGAUCAUGAAAGGAAGCGAACAUAUGUGAUAAGAAAGGAAGGAUUACCUGACGUUGUGGUUUGGAAUCCAUGGGAGAAGAAAUCGAAAGCAAUGGUUGAUUUUGGGGACGAGGAGUACAAACAGAUGCUUUGUGUAAACGGAGCAGCGUUAGAGAGACCGAUCACCUUGAGGCCAGGCGAGGAAUGGACAGGGAAACUGCAACUCACUGUUGUUCCCUCGAGUUUCUCCUUCGACUUGUAGAGGAAAUCGAACUGGGCAUGGACACGGGCACGCUCACGGCCAUACUACUUUUAUUGGGUGUAGAAUGGCUGAUUUCUGGUAGUUUUAGAAGAACUGGUGAUUCUCUCUUCUUUUUUUUUUUUAGUGGAAUUGGUGAAAUUAGGAUGUGGGGAAUCCUGCAAGCAAAUUCUGAAGCCAAUGUUUUUAUAGAAUGGCUGCAACUGCAUAUCCCCAAACUAUCUUAUUUUCUUUAGAGGAAGAGAGGGUGAAUUUUUGUUAUCUUCUUAGUAUUAGAAAUUGCCUCUUCUGUACUUCAAAAACAUGGUUUCUCUUCAAUCAUAGUUUAACAAAUUUCC